AUGUGGACUUCUAGAAGUCUUUGUAGUGCUCAAAUACUGUUGCUUCAGUUGAAAGAAGGCAGAUGGUGUAGUUGCAUGUUUCCCAAAACUCAGCAGUUCUGGGUUGGAAUUCCAAACUAUUGCACUGUAAGAGCACCACGUAACAGAGUUAAAUUCCAGGUUUCCAAGGUAAAUGAUAAACAAUCAGUAAUUGAUAGAAGAAUGGCUACUACUGCAGAGGGAACUAACACAACUGUUGGAAAAAGUCCCAAUGGAGUGUGUGAUGGAAGCCAACAUUCAUUAGAAGCAAAAAUGAAACACAUCAACCUGUCCUUUGCAGCUUGUGGCUUUCUGGGCAUUUACCACUUGGGGGCAGCAGCUGCUUUUUACAGGCAUGGUAAGAAGUUACUGAGAGAUGUGAAAGCUUUUGCGGGAGCUUCUGCGGGAUCACUGGCUGCCGUUGUCUUAUUAGCAGUGCCAGAAAAUAUAGAGAAAUGUAAGCACUUUGCCUAUGGAUUUGCAGAGGAAGUUAGAAAUUUGAACUUCGGUGCUGUAACGCCUGGUUAUGAUUUUAUGAAAACACUUAGGGAGGGCAUAGAGUCUAUUCUUCCCUCUGAUGUUCAUGAGGUAGCUGAGAACCGACUCUACGUGUCAGUCACUAACUCAAAAAGUGGGGAAAAUCACUUGGUUUCAAAUUUCGCCUCCAGGGAGGACCUCAUUAAGGUCCUGCUAGCAAGUAGUUUUAUACCAGUAUAUGCAGGAAUUAAGCCGGUGGAAUUUAAAGGACAGAAGUGGAUUGAUGGUGGCCUUACCAAUGGCCUUCCUAUCUUACCUGUUGGAAGAACUGUGACGAUUUCUCCUUUCAGCGGUCGAUUAGAUAUCUGUCCACAAGAUAAAGGCCGUGUGGAUCUUUAUGUCAAAUUAGCAAAACAAGAUAUGAUGCUGUCUCUGGCCAACCUAGUAAGACUUAAUCAAGCUUUGUUCCCACCAGACCAGGAGAAAAUGGAAUCAUUGUACCAAAAUGGCUUUGAUGAUGCUGUCCGCUUUUUAUUGAAAGAAAACUGGUUUGAAUAAAUGGCUCAUAGAAAAUUAGCAAAACAUGAUGGCUGUCAAAACACAGCUAGAGGCAUCCUAGAGAAUCUCAGGGACUGUUGCCGCGGCUCCUGUUCAUGAAAAUGAAAAUCCCAAUGUACUUGCAUCUGCUGCUGCUGAGAAAGUAUCAGCUGCACUCCAAAGACCUGUAUAAACAUGUCAGAAUGGGAAUUGUACUUGCCUGGUGGAUGUUUUGUUUAGAGGUUCUGCUUAGAUCCAUUUUGCUGCAACUGGGGACACGAGUCUGGGAUUUUUAAAAAAGCUUGUAUUGUCA